AAUAAAAUUGGACAGCUGAGGAAAGAACAAACCAUACAACAAAUUAUAGUGCUGUUAGUCCCAACUUUUCCACAUGGUACCAAUAUGUUAUGUCCUAGUUGCAGACUUUAACCUAAAAACAUAAGAAAUAGGAGCAGGAGUAGACCAUGCUGCCUCUAUUUUUUGCUCCGCCAUUCAGUAUGAUUACAGCUGAUCUUUGGCCUCAGGUCCACUUCCCCACCUGCUCCCCAAAUGCUUUGAUUCCCUGAGAGACCAAAAAUCUCUAUGUAAGACCAUAAAAAAAGCAUCUUUGGUGUUUUAAGCCCCAUUGUGCUUGUUGUGUGGUGCCUGUUUUCCUGUGCACUGACCAGAAGCCUCUGAUUUUAUUGUCAAUGCCUCUGCAAUGAACUACAGAGAUUGUGAACUGCUGAUUGGGAAAAUGUAAAAUUAGCCAAAAAAAUUAAUUCGGAGCCACCAACUGGCAAAUUACAAGGUUGCUAAAAAAUGGCAGCUGAAGCCCUAGGAAACCACUGCUGCCAUCUUUUACAGCAGCUUCAUGAACAACGAAUCCAAGGCUUCCUGUGUGACUGCAUGCUGGUGGUGAAGGGCGUCUGCUUUAAGGCCCACAAGAAUGUGCUGGCUGCAUUCAGCCAGUAUUUUAGGACCUUAUUUCAGAAUUCUUCAGGCCAGAGCCGUGAUGUCUUCCAUUUGGAUAUUAAAAAUGUUGGUGGCAUUGGCCAGAUUCUGGAUUUUAUGUAUACGUCACACCUUGAUCUUAGCCAUGAAAAUGUCCAGGCCGUGUUGGACAUUGCUCAGUGUUUGCAAGUACCAAAUGUGCUCAGUCUGUGUUAUACUUUCCUAAAGGCUUCAGCAAAUGUUAUAAGUGAUACCAGCAACUUGUCAGCCACGAGCACCAUUUCACUGCAUGGGGCCCUAACAGCUGAUACAGAGGACAUGCUAGAAAAUAAUGAUGGCACUGAGAUAAACCAUGAUUGCUCGUUUGGUAUGCAGAGUCAUGUUCAUAAAGCACAGGAGCUGGGCCUUUUAUUUAGACCGCUGCCGGAUAUUUCUCAAGCUGAAAUAUCAUCCACUUUGCAGAGCCAAACGCCUGGACUUCCAGACAGGAAUUCUUCAGAUUAUCCAAUGAGACAAAAUGCUCAACCUCCUCCUAAAUUGUACAACUGUUAUGAUAAAGAAAUGUUCAAACAAAACCUGUCUCCUUUUUUCAGUAAUAAUCAAGGGGAGCAAAGAAGAGCAGAUCUCGAUAAUGGUCUAAAUGCGGCAGUAACAAAGGAUGUAUCUUCCCUUGAGCAUUCUGAAUGCAACAGUGCUAGUCAAGAGCCCUCCUCAUCAGGCAUGAUUAUGCAUACAGAAGAAAGGUGGUCCUUUGGUCAGAAUGCAGGGAACAUGGAACCUCAACCAAUUAGACAGUUGCCUCAUGUGAAAAAGAAAAUCCCUCUGAAGAAGUAUGAUUACUUGUGGCCUAAGAAACUGCUUGAGUCACCUUCUGUGCUACCUAAAGUGAAUGAAACAACUGAAGCUGAGAAAAUAAAUGAACUCAAUUCAAGCAAGCUGCCCAAAGAGAAUCUGAGACAAGGCAAUUGUGCUGGGGAAAAAGAUCAGGAACAAAUGAAACUAACUGACUCACCUUUAAGAGGCAGUGAUCUUGUACCAGUUGACCAUGGAGCAACUGGAGACUCGGAGGAAAUUCUUGACCAGUCUGUAAAUAACUCAAAUGUUCAGUCCCAAUUUUGUCAGUCACAGAAGCAAUAUUGUUGCGAACUAUGUGGGAAAACGUUUAAACACCCAAGCAAUCUAGAACUACACAGACGUUCUCAUACAGGAGAGAAACCAUUUGAGUGCAACAUCUGUGGGAAGCACUUUUCACAGGCAGGAAAUCUGCAAACUCAUUUACGGCGACACUCUGGUGAAAAGCCAUACAUCUGUGAGAUCUGUGGCAAAAGGUUUGCCGCCUCUGGUGAUGUACAACGUCAUAUUGUUAUUCACACAGGCCAGAAACCUCAUCUGUGUGACAUUUGUGGUCGAGGUUUCAGUAACUUCAGUAAUUUGAAGGAACACAAAAAGACGCACAGUGCAGAUAAACUGUUUACUUGUGACCAGUGUGGAAAGUCUUUUAACAUGCAGAGGAAGCUUGUCAAACACAGAAUCCGUCACACAGGAGAGCGACCAUAUAAUUGUUUAACAUGCGGGAAACGAUUUGCAGGUUCUGGUGACUUGCGUCGCCAUGUCCGAACCCACACUGGUGAAAGGCCAUAUAAUUGCGAGACAUGUGGCAAGUGUUUCACACGUUCUGCUGUUCUACACAGACAUAAACGAAUGCACUGCAGGUACAAUGGGGAUCAUGAAGUAAGAAAUGAGGAGAUUGACAGCUCUGAGGAAAAUUAUCGACAGCCUGGAGAGCAAAGAUCACCAGACUCUGAGUCGCUUAGUCAGGCUAUGCAAGUCGCACUGUUGCCUGUCUGUCCAAUAGACAAGCUUCGUGGUGAUCCAGAACAGCCUUCUGUUAGGGUGACUGAGACAUCAGCAACUAUGCACGAAAGUUCUCAAUCUGAAUACAAUGCUUUGGUUCAACAACAAGUGGAUGAUCAUCAAAGCAAGAUGGUGUUGAGUUCUGCCAAAACCCACAAGCUUCAAGGUUCCCAUCAUCCCCAUACUCACACUGUUGACAGUAGUCCAAGGCCUGAAGAGUCCCUGCCAUCCCAGAACCCCUCAACUGUGCGAUCAUCAGUGACAAGUCUGGACAUUCACAUAAACGUGCCCUUUGGAAAUCACACACCUAGUGUUUCAUAUAGAACUAAUGAAGGACCAUUCCUAUCUAGUCUGACGCUGUGGGGACUAGCUAUGAAAACAUUACAGAAUGAUAAUGAAUUAGAUCAAUGACAUUGUUUUGAUUCAACUAAUAUAAUUGACAAUUAGAAUGCACUCCAAUUUUAUUUUUGACAUAAUUGCUGACACGAGGGAGAAAAAAGUCUUGUGAAAUGUAUUUUUAUAAGUUUUAAUAAAUGAAAUCUUAGAUAUUUAAGAGAAUCUGAUCAGUGGGAUCUGUACAAUAUGUGAUGGUGCAUAUUAUUUUUUAUAAACAAAAUUAACUUUGUCUUAAA